GCUGUUCUUUUUUUUUAGCAUAGCUUUACCAUUUUAUUUAUCAAACAUUCAACUACUAUAGUUCGCUUGCCUAAUCUAGUGGGCGUUCAUUUUACAAAGUAUAUCGCAAAAUUGGGAGCACGGAAACUAUGGAAACAACGAAUCCGUCAACGACGAUACUGAACACAACAUUUUCAAAUUCUAGCAAUGUUACUAACCCUCAUGUAGCUAGCCACAAGAACUGGCUUCGACAUAUUUUUCUGACGGAUGUGACGCUAGCAAUCGUAUUGUAUAUUACAGUCAGACUAUCUAUGGAUGUGCAUCAAGCUCGUAAAAGUACCGUCAAAGAGCUAUCAGGAAAACGAUAUCGGUACCUCAUGAAAGUUACUACUCUUUUACUCAGCAUAUCAGUAGCUCUGCAUCUUGCUGACGGAAUUUUCGAGGAGGUGAUUGUCGACUAUUAUUUGCCGGAUAUGUGUGGCUUUAGCAAAUGUGUUAAAGCGAUAACGGGGAGCUUAGCAUUUAUGUUUUCUUAUUUGGUGAUGUGGCUUCGACAGAGAUCGAUAUACAGCGACGCAGCCAUCAGACACCUGACAACGCCAAUCUUCCGAGCACUCAGCUUUGUGGUGGUAUUCCUACUAGUAGCAUCGCCUGUUACAAACACCAUCAUCUAUAUCGCAAGCUUUUCCUUCGAAGUGGUAGCUACAGGAUGCGCCAUAGUUGGGUCUUCAAUCAACCCUGAAACACCAUGGAUAAUCAUUGGCGUGACGUCUGCAGUAAUGCAAAUUAUACUCCUUGGUCUUUUCCUGCAACCACUUCUGAGGCACCAAUUUAAUAUGAACGGAAUGCCGGCGGGAAACUUCAACCUUAAACCCCUUAUAAUGAGAGCAUUCAUUACAGCACUGAUUUGCACCAUCACUGAUACUGGAACCGCUAUUCUUGCCGCCUCAUCAGUUUUCAAUGAUGGCGUCACAAUAGGUGUAGCAAUGCAGAUCAGCACUCUCCUAAAUUUGCUGAUGGUGAUUCUCUCGUUUCCUGAUUGGAAGAAAACGGUGUUCCCACGGUGCUGCUGCCGAAGUGAGUACUCGACGCCAGAAGAGAGUGUACCACCGACUUCGGCGUCUGAAAGUGCUACUGCAACACAUUGCACGAAUUCAAUUUAACUUGGACAAAAAAUGCAUCGCGAAUACCCUUGCUCUGAUGAUGAAAAAAAUCAUUUUCAAAACUCUACACCAUUGAAUGAUAAUGAACAAAAACUUUUGACUGAGUUAUAACACAUACUAAAGUUUUAUUCAUUAUAUUAUUGUUUGUUAUUCCCUAUAAAAAUCAUAAUAAUCGAGUUUAUAUCAUUGAUCUCAAUCGAUGAUGAAUAGUUGUAUUUUUGUUUGUUUUUCAUAAUUUUUCGUUGUUAUUAUUACUUUUCACUUUUUCAAAUUCAAUUUCAAUAACGUAGUAAAAAGAAAUCAAUAAUAUUAUAAAUUCACAUAUUUUUGUAUGGACACUAGUUCAUACAUAUAAACCGAAUGAAUCAACUCAAAUCCGAAUUUUAGAAGAAAAUGAUUUGAGAGAAAAAUAUAAAAAAUUAUUGAACUCAAUUUAUCAUAUUCUGUCUAAUUGUCUAAUUAUGCAGACAAAUUAUUGGAUUUGUUGUAACGCAUGUCCAAUUUACAGAUACAGAUGAAUCAGUAGUUUCAAUCAAUUACAUUGAUUGUUACCUAUUUAAAUCUUUAAAUAAAUUACCAACCAAAUGAAGUAUAGCAUAUAAAUAGAUACGUUUCCCGUUUCCGCUAGCAAUUGGUUACCCACUAUUUGAAUGAUCAAUUCGAAAGAUAACAUGAAUACAAUAUGUUUCCAACUGUGUUAAAUUUUGGUAUCAAAAUUUUGCACAACAUGUGAUAUUCUGUAUAAUUUUGACAAUUGUUUUCCUUUCAUGCUAUUUUGUCUAUUUGAAGUCACCACGACAUUUAUUUUCGCUUUUCAAUUUUCAAGCCGAAUAUUCGACUCAUAUUUAUUUUGACUUAGUAGAUAUGACGAAUAACAACUUGUGUGUACACGAAACACUUAGUGUCAAUGAUGCAUAUUAUCCUCCAAUGUGAAUGGCAGAUAGAUAGUCACCUCAAACCCUAAACAGUCCGAAUUUCAAGCCAGUUAAUUUCGUUGUUUAAAUUUUGAUUUAUCUUGUUUUAAUUAUUUUUUCUUUGUAGACGCAAUUUAUCAUAGAAUAAUUUUAUUUCCCUACACAAUUCGCAGUUAAAAUAUAGAAAAUAAAAAUGUGUAUCCCUAUUGUAAAAACCUAAGUUAUAUCACGCGGCAUACGCCAAACAUAUAGUGUUUAUAUGCGCUAUAUCGAGAGUGUGCCGCGGGACAAACCACAUCUACCUAUAGGUAGAGAUUCUGAUUGUAUAAGUAACCCUUUAUCACUGUCACAAAUAUAUAUUUACAUAUUUUCCUCAAUGUCGAGAUUUAAUGUACGUGAUUCUUCUUUUAAUUUUGUAAUAAAGUUGGUCAGUGAACAUUUAUUU